UGGGGGUUGAAGUUGAAUGAAAGCCGAAUCUUUCUCAACUUUUCACUUUCAGUAAAGAAAUUUUGAUAAGGACGUCUCCAAAGUUUGGAUAUCAUAGGUAGACAUCUAGCAUGUGAUAAAAGUCGUAAUUUUGUGUUAUAGUUUUUUUUUUUUUGAAAAUUUUGGCUGAUAGGUAUAGGUACAUUCUCUGAUGUAUUUGUAUUGUAAAAAUAAAAAAUUUAAACAAAUGUUUAAAAAGUUGAAAAAGUUUCCUAUGUUGUUCUGACUCUGACUUGUUCAUUCUUCAUUGUGUAUAAUCGGUUGAGUAUUCAAGUUUGCAGAAAAUUAGAACUUCGGCAUCUGAAAUGGAUUCAGAAACUAAAAUUUCAAAUCGUGGAAAAGGACGUGGUAGAGGACGAGGCAGAAAAAAGUAUCAGUAUGUUCACUUCAUACUUGCUUUUUCGUAGGCCGCUGAAAAUGAAAACAAACCCCCGGAAACUCCUGCAAUUCAGGAACAACGCGAUGAACCCGAAACAGUUACUUUGGAUAUGGAUGCAGAUAUCACCCAGCUUGAAGCGCCAACUUUUUCAACCAUUAAUAAAGGUCCGCCGGAACCAAUGCUGCGUUUAAAUUGGGAUCAUAAAACGCAUUUAAUCGGCGAAAAAGUAAUCAAUCCCAUGAUACAUUGUUGUGAUAAAUGCAAAGCCCCGAUUUUAAUUUAUGGUCGUAUGAUUCCAUGUAAGCACGUAUUUUGUUCAUCUUGUGCCGAACAAGAGAGUAAAGCUUGCCCUAGAUGUCAGGAGAAAAUAGUUCGUAUUGAUAAAGCCGGUUUAGGUACUGUCUUCAUGUGUACUUUUGGUGGUUCGAGAUAUGGCAAUACAGGUUGCAGAAGAACAUAUCUUUCUCAACGUGAUUUACAGGCUCAUAUUAAUCAUCGACAUGUUACCGGAACGUCUCAAAGUAAAGAGAAUAUUAGUACUUAUCAAGUAAUCCCGUCAGUCAAGACAUCGUUGUCGUCCUCCAAUCGUCUGAAAACGAUAACACCGCAUCAUGCCGUAGCGAACGAUCCCAGGGUUCAGAACAAUAGCACAAGUGACUAUUUUCAUAAGAUUCACUCCUCUUCCGGGCAUUCUACACCGUCUUCUCAACAUCAGACUUUAAGGCAAUUACAAUCUCAACAUCAGCAUUCAUCGUUAUCAUCCCAUUCUCAAGAUUCUUUGAAGCAAGCUCAUCAACACAUCUUGCAUUCGCAAUCGAAUCAACUUUCAUCUUCUCAGUUGCGUUUACCUGUAUCCGGUUCGCAACAGUUGAUCCAAUCUGAUUUCGGUAGCCCUUUACUAGUACCGAAUUAUCCUCCUCCGACUACUCUUGCGGGAGCAGUUACUUCGGCGUCUGGAUUGCGUAGUAAUCUUAUAACGGUUCAAAUUAUUGAUUCUAAUGUUGAUGCUGUUACCAACUCGAUGGGUAUGUCUUUGGCUGCUGGAUUCUCUCAUCAAAACUUUUCCCCUCAAUUUACUCAAAGUUCUUCGAGUAUUCCAUUUCCUGUCCCUCCACCUGGUCAAUUACCCAACAUGGAACAACUUUCACAAUCACAUCCUCCAUAUUACCCUAACAGCCCAGCAAAUUAUACGACUUCUGCUCCGCAAGGGCCCCUUAAUUCGUUUAGCCCUAAUCAGCAAACACAAACGAUUAUGAGUCAAAGCAUCAUGUCAAACCGUGCGCCCCCUAUGGUGCCACCGCCGAGAAGAUCGCAGUUUUCUAGCGAAUCGGUGAUGCAGCCCUUUCCUGUACCAGCUUCGCAUAGAUGGCAUCCACCGUCGAAUCAAACAAAUUUUUACUAAGCGUUAAAUUUUCUCUUCAAGCGAAAAACAAGCUGAUACGCUUCAUUUUUUUGUUCUAUUAGUAUUAUUUUUCAUUUCUUAAGUUAUUAUGUGAAAUUACUUUUUGUAUUACGUUUAUGUUCUUUGUUGAUCAUUUUUUUUUAUAGUUGAUGAGUUCUGUAAUAAAAGACAAUUUUUAUAGAUACCAAUUCCCUCCAAGGAAUUCAAUUUAUACCAUGCACGGUUUUGUUAACUUUGUUAAAACGACAUUGAUAAUCAACUAUUUAGCUAAUUUAGCAAAUAAAUCUGUACUUGAAU